UGAUGAUAGUGAUGAUGAUGAUGAUGACGAUGAUAAGUGACGAUGAUGAUAGUGAUGAUGAUGACUUGAUGAUGAACAAAUUCUAUUUCUCCCUUAGAUCAUGCCCCGUGCUCCUAAAUGGAAACAGGACGACGUAGAUGCGGCGUUACGAAGAGUACGGUACGGUGAGCUUUCGAUAAGAAAGGCUUCACAGGAAUAUAGAAUUCCCUACGAAACCCUGCGUGACAAAGUAUCAGGGAGAGCUCGGACAUCGGUUUCAAGAUUCGGUCCACGACCAUUCCUCACAGAGAAAGAGGAGGAGGAGAUAGUACGAUGGACGAUCAAGAUGGGGAGAAUCGGUUUCGGACAAACCAGGGGAGACAUUCAGUCUGUCGUGAAGAAAAUGCUUGACAAAGAUGGCAGGGCAAACCCGUUUGUAGAAAACAAACCUGGGAAGCGUUGGUGGAGCAGUUUUCGUGCAAGGCACCCUCAAUUGGUUUUCCGGAAGCCACAACCAAUUGGAAAGGAGCGUACAGCAGUUACGAAGAAUCGAAUAGACAAGUAUGUCUUCACAAAUAUAUAAUUCUGUUAAAAUAGGUUCAAUACAGACUGAGUAUUCUUUUUGAAAUAACAUGUUGCCAUUAUACCCUUCUUUCCUUUUUCUUCUUCCUUCUAGUUUUCUUGUUCCUAUUAUU